GAUCUGUAAUGCAUGGUAUGGCUCCUUGACGAACGAUCGCAGGCUGUCAUCCUUUUCAGCUAAACUGAAUAAACAACUCGGUCUUCUUUCUUCACGUCUGAGGGUGAGAUUUUGUAGCAAAACCUUGAUUUAUAGCGGCGCCCACCCUUGCCAGGAUUCUCGAACCUGCGGUCGGGGCAGGAGCGGGGAUUCCCUUCAGAAGGGGAUUCCCUACCAAAUCAUAGCUCGAUAUCACAAGCAUGUCGACAAUUUCAAUAGAAAGGAGGAAACUCACAACAACCUAAUGCAGCCACAUUGGAGAUAAUUCUGUAUAUCAAAGAAAAUCAAAAGCUCCUUGAUGCAGACAAAGCAGAGGCUAAGGUGGAACCAGCCAGUUGUUCUGCUCUCUCCCUGAUUCCUGAGAUGGAAAAUAGGCUGUUUUUGGGGUCUCAAGAAACCUACAAGGAGCUCUCUUUUGUCUCGUCUGCAGCUGCAUAAGCGGCUGCCGAGUGAUGCAGAAAAUUGCACCGGCGCGGCGAGCAUCAGAGCCAGCUUGCGGACAGGCGCGAGAGAGUGUGCCGGGAGAUGGAUGCCACUUCUGCCUCCGCAUCUGUGCAACGGCUGCUGCUUGGCUCCCUUCGGCCUCGUCGUGCUCUCAUUUCUCAGCCUUGAUCCUCCCGCCAUUCUUCCCUGCCAAGCACAAUAUUUUUGCUCUGGAUUUCCUUGAGACAAGAAGGGAGACCCCCCUGACCUCCCUUUGGACGCUCCCGCAUCCAUGUCCUCUGGGGCCAAUGAAUCCGGCGCCAAAGACCCCCAGAUGGACCCAGCCAUCCUCAUCUUCCUCCUGUAUCUCAUGAUCAUCCACGAACUGGUCAGCGGUUGGAUGGAGUACCAGAAGCAAGCCACGAAGCCCAAGAAGCAAACUGGGCCCCUGUGGUCAUCCAGCUGUUCUCGGAUGAGCCGCUCGGGCUUUUCUCAACCGCUGGCAUCCUCGACCCGGCGAGAGAGGCAUCGGGACUGGAGAAAGGCAGGCCGGAUCCUCCGGAAAGUGUAAAGAAGACCCCUUCGGAGCACAACCCAAGGGACCAAGGACAAGGAAGGAAGGCAGCGUUCUUGGAGCAAACCACUACUGUGUGUAACCUUCUAUUUUGCAAAAACAGCAGGAAUAUUCACUCUACCCUACUCCACUGGUGGUCAUGCAUGGACACCCAACACCAACCAACCUGCAUCCGUAUUGAACUUGAGUGUAAAGUAGAGUUGUGCCACAAGUUGGGUGUGCCUUACACUUCAACCAAAGCAAGUGAACAAGGAGGCAAAUGGCAGAAUAUGGACUCUCUGUGAGAUCACCCAAAAGGUGGUUUUCAUACUCGCUGCAUUGGAAAAUUAUAGCCCUUUGGCACUGUUUUAACUGCCUUAAUGCUAUGGAUUCUGGGAUAUGUAGUUUUAUAGAAUAUUUUAGCCUUAGACUGCAUAUUUCAGAAUUCCAUAGGAUGCAGCUGUGGCAAAUAAAGUGUCAAACUUCUAUUAUCAUUAUGUAUCUUGGAGACGUGACCUAAGUCUAAGCAUCAUUUAUGUUUCAUGUACACCUCCUACACUUGCCUGAAAGUAAUUUUAUACAACUUUUCACAUAUUUUUGUGCAUGAAACCAAGCUUUUGGACAUUAAACCACCAGAAAGCAAAGGUGUCACAAAGUCAGUCAGUCAAAUGGACAAUUAUGGAGUAUUUGGGAGGAUUUUUGGACCAGAAAUGCUCAACCUGUAGUUGGUUGUAACUUGUAAUUUAUUCAGUCAUGGUGUAACUGUAAUUUUUUUAACAUUAUUUUCCUAGUUGCAAAUAAAUGAUGUUGGAGGAGAAAUACCAGAUUGUUUUUGCCAUAACUCUUUUUAACUCCAGGCGAAAACCCAGAAUGGGCUCACCAUCUGACUGAUAUGGAACCUAUAUUGACUCCUUCUCCUGUAUGUUCUGGUUGAAAGGUCCUAUAAGUCAUAAAUCGACAUGGAUAACAGCCAAUGAAAAGAACAAUGGAUGUCUGGAAUAACAAGAGUGUUGUGAGUGUUGAACUACGAUUCCAGGAGGCCAGGGUUCAAUUUCCCUACGGAAAUCCAUUGGGUGACCUUGGACCAAGUCUUUCUCAACCCUACAAGAAGACCAUGGAAGACCUCUUCUGAAUAAAACCUGGACAAGAAAACCCUGCGAUGGGUUUGCCUUAGGUUCAAAGAGUGCAAAAAAUGGAACAACAGCAGCAACAUACUCCUGGGUGGUCCCUGUUGUUGAUGUUGUGUUCCUUCAAGAAGUUUCCAACUUACGGAGAUCCUAAGGCAACCUUAUCAUGAGGUCUUCUUGCCUAAGGACAUCGAAUGGGUUUCCAUGUCCAAAUGGAGAAUCAAAACAUGGUCUCCAGAGAUAUAUAGUCCCAAUACUCAAACCAUACACAGUUCUGGUCUUCACCUGGUUGUCUAUCAUCCAACCUUAUAUCUGGUUGGAUUCUCCACUGCUCCAUACACUUCACUGAAGAAGAUUCGGAGCUCAUUGAAUCAUAGAGGUUCCCAGCUAUGGCUUUUUUGGUGACUCAGAAGGAAUCUCCUAAAAGGAGGAAAUGGACUGCGAGAGGAAGCUGAAGGACAGAGAACAAUACAGACUUGUAUUAAGAGCUGCAACAGAAAAGAUGCUGAAGGACACGUACGACCUGGGAAUUAGUAGGUGUUGCUACAGCAUAAUUUCUCCUUCUUCCAUCCUCUGGAUUCCUGGCAUCACAGACUGACACAUCUCCCGAAGUGGUUGAAGAUACGGCCCCCAUGAAGCAAUGAACACCACCAAUGCAACGCAAUGUCCACCAGUGGAGCUGCACGUGGUCAUCCCAACUCUCCUGAGCGUCUUCUCCUUGGUUGGACUUGUUUUCAAUGGCUUCAGCUUGUGGAUCUUCUGGUUCAUCAUCAAGCACUGGAAUUCGGGUGCCAUGCUCCAGUUCAGCCUCGCCUUGGCCGACAGCAUGAUCCUUCCGCUCGCCCCUUUGAUGAUGACCUAUUUCUACUUGGGAAGCCACUGGCCCUUUGGGGAGUUUCUCUGCCAACUUCUAGCCUUCUUGCUCAACACCCACUUCUAUGGGAGCGUCUACUUCUUGAUGCUCAUCUCCAUCCACAGGUACCAAGUCAUUGUCCACUGCAAGGCUAAGACAUUCUGGAGGCGGAGAUCCUUCUUGAAGAAGCUCAUCGUGGUCUUCUGGUCUCUCCUCAUUUUGCAAGGGCUUCCGCUGUUCUUCUUCCUCAAGACCUCGGUCAUCAACAGCAAGGUGAAGUGCAUGAGCAUCCUUCAGUCCGAGUUGUCCUCUCUCUACCUUGCCUACGGCAUUUUGAGAGGGAUCUGCUUCCUUCUCACCUUCGGCAUCACCUUCGUCUCUUACAUGAAGCUGGGGAUCUACAUUGCGAACAUCAACCCGGCCAAUCUCAGAGGCAGGGUGAUGAAGACCAGAUCCAUACAGAUGAUUGUCCUCACCCUCGUCAUUUACGCCGUCUGCUUCGUGCCCGUCCACGUCUCCAUGACAGUGGCUGCCAUCAUGAGACUUUAUGACAUCUUCUGCACACGUCUGAACCAGAUCCAAAUUGCUUAUUACGUUUCCGUCGUGUUCAGCGUGCUCAACUCUUGCCUCGAUCCCUUCAUCUACAACUUUGCCAAUGAGAAAUUUCACACGUUUGUUUCCCAGCUCGUGAAGAAGUUGUUCCUCUCCAAGUGACAAAUCGGGAAGAAUAGGUAAGGCCAGAGGCGGUCCAAGGGCGAGGCGAAUUAAGCGGUCGCUGCUGUCGCACACCAACGGGGGCGCACUCGAGGCGCCCCUGUGUAACCAUGGUGCCGCCGCCACGGCGCCAUCACCUGCCAUCAUCCCCCAUGCUAUUUUGUGCUUCAGAAGUCUUGCGCAUGCGCACAGGAGUCCCAUCGCCCAAAAUAACUGAUGGGACUCCUGUGUGCAUGCGCAAAGCUUCGAUCGCUUGCCCAGCACGUAAGGCAUGCAAGCCGCCCAUCCGCCUUACAUGCCGGGCGAGCAAACAAAGCCCUGCGCAUGCGUGCUCACACAUAGGAAUCCCAUCAGGCUCCUGUGCACAGGGCUUGGGCCACCCGUCCGCCUUACGUGCCAGGCGAGCAAGCGAAGCCUUGCACAUGUGCACAAGUCCCAUCGCCCAAAAUGGCCGAAGGGACUCCUGUGCGCAUGCGCAAGUCUUUGAUCGCUUGCCUGGCACGUAAGGCACGCAAGCCGCCCGUCUGACUUGUCAGAGUAAUGUGCACAGCGUAGCAGCAGAUGAAUGACGUCAGUUGAAGCGCAGAACGAAGGAACGUCAGAGACAAUAUAAAAAGUAUUUACAAAGUUUACUGAACAAGACAAAAAGACUUGCAGACAGUGGACAUAAGACUUUCACUCUAGACAAACAGCACAGAUCUUCUAAGCAGGCAGAACAGAUCUCAUCUGUGUCCAGACACUUGUAGUCUGGACACUCCUAUCUGGCUCCAGCCACAUAUCCAAGGUCAAUAGAGCUUCUUACCAAAUUAACUCUUUACACACUAUAGCAUUUCGUGGAUGAUGCAAUACAUGCUAGACACAAAUUUCAUUUAAACACUAUCUAUACACAAAUCCCACAUUAACAUGACUUACAUGCCGGGCGAGCGAUUGAAGCCUUGCACAUGCGCACAAGUCCCAUCGCCCAAAAAUGGCCUCUGCAGCCACCUCUGCAGCCGCUGCAGCCGCCGCAGCCACGGCCUCUGGUUUGGGGGGGUGGGCGGGUGACAAAAUUUGGGGGAGGCACCAGAAUUAGGUUCGCCUACUACUUAGAAUUACCUUGGGCCGGUUCUGGGUAAGGCAUUGAAGUUUCAGCUCAACAUCUGUGUGCGGGUGUGUGGGAUGAAUACAAGUUGGUUUUUUCUAGGUAAAGGUAACAUUAAGUCUAGUUGUGUCCGACUCUGGGGGUUGGUGCUCAUCUCCAUUUCCAAGCCAGAGAGCCAGUGUUGUCCAUAGAAUGUCUCCAAGGUUAUGCGGCCAGUAUGACAGCAUGGAGUGCUAUUACCUUCCUGCCAAAGCAGUACCUAUUGAUCUACUCACAUUUGCAAGUUUUUGAAUUGCGAGGUUGGCAGAAGCUUGGGCUAACAGCAGGAGCUCAGAGAUAGAAAGGAUUUCUCGAAUCUUCUUCAAUCCUUGUCUUUGCUUUUUGUAACUCGGCAGGUUUGGACAUUCUCAGAAAGCAGAGCCUGAGAGAGGAAAUGAAUGUGAGAAACCAGAAUGAUUUCCAGCUUGCAGAAAUACAGUUGUGGUUACUUACAGGUUCAAAUCGAGGCAAGGGGAAGUAAGCAAUGGCCGGUUCUGACUCCGUUUCCUCUCCGACUUUCCCAACUUCCCUAACUCCUUUCUGUUUUCCUGCAAUGUUUUGUUCUCCAUCCUUCUUAUCGUCCUUGUUGCCCUUCUCUAAACCUGCUCCAACUUUCUAUAUCUUUCCCAAAAUUGAAAACGCCCAAGAUGCAUCAACAUUUCUUGUUGCCAUAUGGAGAACUUCUGCCAGUUUUGUUGCUCCAACGAGACAUAGAAUUCAUAAAGUUGCGAAAUCUAUACUCAUAAUAAAAGUGAAAAUAUCUAUGUGGGUACAUGACUGGAGUGUCCACUUGCCUCCACAAAUAGCUAUAGCUCCCACUGUUCAGGAGACACCAAUGGCCUUCCCUCGAAUGACACUGUAGGUUAUGGUGAGCACCAUGAACAUGUCCAAGAGCAUUGCCAAUGUCCUCCACAAACACCACACUGCCCACCACACAAAUGAAGGCUUUCAUAUGGGCUGUGGUGCAGGCGGGAGAGCAAACCAGCUGCAAUUAACUGCAAUGAAUCACUCUGACCAGGAGGUCAUGAGUUUGAGGCCCGCUCGGAGCCUAUGUUUGAUUGUCUUUGUUCUAUGUUAAAAGGCAUUGAAUGUUUGCCUAUAUGUGUAAUGUGAUCCGCCCUGAGUCCCCUUCGGGGUGAGAAGGACAGAAUAUAAAUGCUGUAAAUAAAUAAAUAAAUAAAUAUGGGGACAAUUUCAUCCUAGAUUUUCUGUUUUUCCUCCACCACAGACAUCCCGGUGUUUCUGACUCUCUCCGUUGGUGUGCAAUUUGCAUAAUCCCGCCCACUGCCUUUGCCAUAACCCUUUCCUAUUCUUUUCUAUGGCACACAGCAAAGAGAGGAAUUGAUUAGAAAAUGAACAUACUAGGUUUGGGGAGAAUUCACCAUUAUUUAUAGGAGUUGUGGGUACUGGGAUGUAUAGUUCACCUGCAAUCUAAGAGCACUCUGAACUCUAACGACGGACCUGGAACUAACUUCAUCAUCAUCAUCAUCAUCAUCAUCAUCAUCAUCAUCAUCAUCAUUUAAUUACUUAUUAAUCGCCCUCCAUCCACGAUACUCUAGGCGAUUUACAAGAUAAAAUUGUAAAGGAUAAAAAUACAUACAUACAAAUAUUGAUAAAAUUAACAUAGAUUAAAAGCUCUAGUAAAGAGCCAGGUCUUGAGUGCGAGGGUAAAAGGCCCC